AAUCUCAGCGGUCUCCUGCAAUUAUCACUCAAAUCUCUACUCGUUGCGUUCUUUUUUCAUGCAGAGCCUCGUUUAUCAUCUCUAUAAAUAAGUCACCCUUCCCCUGAUUUAAAAUACCAUGUCCAAGUUAUAAACUACUUCUUCUUCCUAUAUCUCCUUCGAUCUAUCUCUUGAACUAAUGGAAACACUUUCCAAAACAAGCCAUGACCAACUCCACAUUAAAGAUCACUCUCGAUUCCCAUAUUCCCCUCCUCAGAACAAUGCACCAUCACUACUUUUGUUGCAAAAUUUCUACUCUCUCGCUCUUUUAGUGAUUGUAGUAUACUUCAUGGGAACCUUGCUUUUAAGCACCCUACAGAAAUGGAGUCCUUCAAACGUUGUUCAUAUUUUUCUCGCCAGUUGUCUCAUUAUCUUUGUCCUCAUUAAACUCAGGUUUGCAAAGUACUCUUAUCCGGUCUAUUUGGUUGACUUCGCAUGUCUCAAGCCACCAAGCUUCUGCAGAGUCCCUUUCUCUACAUUCCUUGAAAACGCAUCAAUGUUUCAAUCUUAUGAAAGUGAAAGCCUUACUUUCAUGGACAAAAUCCUUUCUUCUUCUGGUCAAAGUGAAGAAACGUAUCUACCUCCAGCUUUACACUACAUUCCACCCAUAACCCAUCACCAAGAAUCCAUCAAAGAAGUUCAUAUGGUUCUAUUCCCCAUCAUGGAUGACCUUUUCACCAAAACCAAGCUCUCUCCUUCUAAUAUCGAUAUACUCAUAGUAAAUUGUAGUGGGUUCUGUUCCACCCCUUCUCUCUCCUCCAUUGUCAUUAAAAAAUACGCCAUGAAGUGUGACAUAAAGAGCUUCAACCUCUCCGGCAUGGGCUGUAGUGCAAGCGCUAUAGGAAUCGAUUUGGCCAAAAAUUUGUUAAGAGUCCAUAAGGACUCGUACGCCAUUGUACUCAGCAUAGAAAUUCUUUCACCGGGUUGGUACUCGGGCCAGGACCGGUCCAAAUUGGCCAUUAACUGUCUCUUCCGAAUGGGCAGUACCGCAAUCUUACUCACCAACAAAAAACAAGCAAAGAAAAAUUCAAAGUACCAACUUGUUCGAACUCUCAGAACCCAGAGAGCCUUUGAGGAUAAGGCUUACCUUUCGGCCAUAAGAGAAGAGGACUCAAAAGGAAAUCUUGGGGUUACCCUCAAAAGGGAUUUGCUCCAAGUUGCCGGAGAGACUCUCCGUUCAAACGUCGCCGUUUUGGGAUCGUCUCUUUUGCCGUUCAAGGAGAAAUUCAGGCAUGGGGUCUCGGUUGUACGAAAGAGAUUUUUUGACAAGUCAUGCGAGAUUUACGUGCCUGAUUUCAAGACUGUGAUACAGCAUUUUUGUUUGCCAGCUUCAGGACUUUCUGUCAUAAAGGAGAUAGCCAAAGGUUUGAAGCUCGAGAAGAGAGACAUGGAACCUGCUCUAAUGACACUUCACAGGUUUGGGAACCAGUCUUCGUCUUCACUCUGGUAUGAACUGGCUUACUUAGAGGCUAAAAACAGAGUGGAGAAAGGUGACAUGGUGUGGCUGCUUGGGAUGGGGACCGGACCUAAGUGCAACAGUGUAGUCUUGAAAUGUAUUAGGCCUGAUGCAGUUAAAGAGUCCAAGAUCAGUCCAUGGGCUGAUUGUAUUCAUAGGUAUCCUAUCCUGUAGUCAUACGGCUCAACAGCCACCGAGGAAUGGUGUGAGUAAAUGUAUUAGUUCUGAAAUUUCAAGCCAGCAUUCAUGUCAGACAUGGCUUUGACCUUUGAGUUUAAGUUCAGUGUUAAUUAGAAUUAUUAGGUACUGGUACUACUUUGAAUCCCACCACCUGUACUUUGUUCGACCUCACUUUCGUUUUUACUCCAUCUGAGUCA